GCGGGUCAAAAGUUCUCGCAACCUCGUCGCCAAAGUGGCGCGCCUAGAUCCUACCCCCUUCACUAACCACCACCGCCAACCAUGACGAUCUGGCAGGCGCCUCCAGUCGUUUACACCAGCGUCGAGGCAUCCGUAGCCUUCCUGGCGACGUUCGGUAACCUGGCAGUUCUCGUUUGCUUCGCGCGCGAGCGUCGUCUGCGACGUCGGCUGACCAACUACUACAUCCUAAGCCUGGCAGUGGCCGACCUUCUAGUGGGCGUCCUAGCCAUACCGUUCGCGGUGCUCACGCGGGCAGGCAUACCGCAUGACUCUCCUCUCGCCUGCGUCGCGAUGCUCUCCUUCAUCGUGGUCCUCUGUACCGUCUCCAUCUUACACUUGGUUGCCGUGUCCGUGGACCGUUAUUGGGCCAUACUAUACCCGUUGGCCUAUCAGAGGCUAGCCUCCGAGAGUGUCGUUCUCAGCGUCGUCAUAGCCUGCUGGCUCAGCGGGUUCGUGCUGGGAUUCCUGCCCCUGCUGGGAUGGCACGACUCCGAGGCUGCCUCGAGUGGCGACUGCCUCUUCCUGCCCGUGAUGAAGUACAGCUUUCUUGUGUUUCUCUACUUUGCCACCAUCGUGUACCCGGCGCUGCUCAUCGCUUUCUUCUACAUCCGCAUCUAUAGCGUCGUCCGCAAGCAGCUCCGGCAGAUUACAGUGUUCGCGGACAACGUAAGGACAGAACACGACGGCACCCCAUCACGAGCCGCCUUGAACAACAGCCGCUCCGACGAAGCCCUCUGCACAGCGCCGCUCAGGGAAACGCCAAACUUGAGUGAUGUGGACCGGUGUCAUCACCUUGGCGCAGACUUCCAGAAACGAAGUCCGAGGCCUUCGCCCACGAGCCCGAAAUCCAACGGCACCGCUUUCGCCGACGACAACGACCGCGAAUCCAUCGUCAAGCACAACGGAAAUCACCACGUGAUCAAGAAGAAGAAGGAGUCGAAUAAGCACAAUGACCAUCCGCAUGAUAUGGGCGACAAUGGAGCUGCGCUAAACAACGGGCACGUCGGGGAGUACGGCCACUACAAGAGUAACCGGCGGAAAAGUUCCGAGAGUCACCACCAGGGGCGGCGCAUGCACCGGUGCAACAGCGAUUGUUCCCACUGCUUCCCGUUGCACCUGCACCACCACCACAGUCAGCAGCACAAGCGCGAGGUGCGAACGGCCAAGGCACUACUGUCCAUCGUGCUCUUCUUCAUGAUCUGCUGGUUCCCGCUGUACACGCUCAACUGCGUCAAGGCUUUCUGCGUCGGCUGCGACGCGCCGCACUGGGUCUUCGACGCGCUCAUCAUCCUGUCGCACGCCAACUCGGCGCUCAACCCGUUCCUCUACGCGUACCGCAUGAGCGACUUCCGCAACGCCUUCAAGCGGCUCCUCAGGUGCAAGUCGCCCGCGCCUCUCUUUGAGGUGCUUCUGUUUUAUCGUAACGCCGCUGUGAAUGCGCCCGUUCACAGAGCUUCUGGACCUGAACCCUGCGAGCGACUUACGGUCGGAGAAGCUUCGACGCCAGUGCUGUAAAAAGGCUAAACUUUAAGAUCGAUUCUGGAAUGAAGAAAGGUUCUGUUAAGCCGAAUUUCUCGCAAGAAGGUUUCAUGCCUUCGCCUUGCAUUCCUAAGAGAGAGUGCUUUACAGGCUGUGCGCCAACACCACCCCAGCCACAAGGCGAGAGACGUUAAAGUGAAGCCAUUGGCUGAUCUCAAUCGUCAGGCUACACACACCUGUUGCUACAACCCACCACAACUACCACCGAGCGGGCAAUCCUGCGGAUAUCACAUUGAAGUGAGAGUUCAUUGGCUAAGCGAGGCAGAAACGGAUGUAAGGAAAUAGAAAUAUGCACAUGACAUCAGAGUUGUUUAUGAGUAGCUGGCAAGAAGGCGUGACCAUCACGAAAGGGAGGCUGAACUUCAGAAGUUAUUUCUGGUAUUGUCGCUAUAGAGAGAGCCGUUCUAGCCACCAUACUUGUAGAAAAUGUGUAUACAUCACCGAAACGUGACAGACCAAUCGAGUGUGCGGUAGCUCGCAGUGUUCAAGUGACUGGAAGCCAGCGGCUUGCGUAAGGCUGCCAACGUGCUGCAUUUUACAGAGGUGCUUUCUAGUUCACCCGUGGAGAAUGGUCAACAACUUGUCUUUGUGCCACGAAAUCUUGAAUAUCCUCAAGACUCACUAGUUUUAUGAGCCUCUUAGUCUGCUCGUCAGCGCCCGUCUGUGUAGUCAGUGCACUAGUUCAACAAACAAAGAGCCCUGCAUCCAAGGAACUUCACCAAGUACAGUGGGCAGCGCAAUAGGU